CUUGACCAUUAUUUUUCGUAGUCAUUAUAGCGUUUGAAACGGCAAAAUCUCAACAUGACGAAACGAUGAUUUCGUUAUACAUUGACGGAAUACAAUAUUGACACCUCAGCAAAUAGACUGAUAUCAUGAUGUGGACAUUUGUAGCAGUUAUAACCCUAUGCUUCUGUGUGCAAAUUUCAACACAACAUGGGGCAUACCCACCCGGGGUGCCUCCUCCAAAUAAUGCUCAUGGUCAUGCCCCUCCAGUCGGCCACCAGGGCGGUCAGCAAUUCCAAGGACAACAGCACCAACAAUUCCAGGGCCAACAACAGCAGCAGUUUCAGGGACAGCAGCAACAACAAUUUCAACAGGGACAACAAAAUCAACAAUUUCAACAGGGUCAGCAGCAACAACAACAGAAUUUACAAUACCAACAAGGGCAACAUGGCCAGCAGGAACAAGCACAAUUCAACCAAGGUAACACUCAGCAGUUCCAGCAACCAGGGGGUCAUCAUCAGGCAGCCCAUGGAGGGUUUGGUCAUGAAAGUGCCCAUGACGCAAGUCACAUAAAAGAGCAUUUGAAGGAUGUUGUAGACAAACCCAAAGAGGAAAUGAGUGAGGAGGAAUUAGAAUUUCACUAUUUCAAAUUACAUGAUUAUGAUAAAAACAACAAGUUGGAUGGAGUAGAAAUCGUAAAAGCUAUUACACAUUUUCAUGUGAUACCAACAAGAGAUAUGUCAGAAUCACACGAAAAUUCACAAGAAAACAUUCACCCUGCCUUACGGAAAUCUGAUGAGGGUCAUGAAGAAACAGAUCAACAACGUCAGGAGAGAAAAGUUUUCUCUGAUGAUGAACUCAGCAACAUUGUUGACCUAGUUCUGCAAGAAGAUGACCUAGAUAAAGACGGAUACAUUGAGUAUGUAGAAUUUGUUACAGCACAGCGUAAGGCCCGCGAGCAGGCACAGAAUGAGAAACCUCAGCAGUAAGCAACAAAACAAAGCCGCAGCUCUAGAAAAUGUGUCGGAAAGUCUCGGGAUGUCUUAUUUGAUAGUAUCUUAAUCUAGUCGAUAUUUAUGAGGAGGAUUCACUUAACGUUUUUAUGUCUGCUUUUCUUUGUUUAUCUCUUGUGUAAAGAAUAUAUCAUUUGUUGAUUUUUGGUAAAUUUAUAUUCCAGGAUGACAAAAUAUUGUAACUUUUUCUUUUGGCUCAAAAUGAUUGAAAUUAUUUUAUGAUUGACUACCAUUGUAUUAUUUGAAUCAAUUGGUAUUUUUUCAAUGCAUGCACCACUUUGAAAAAUCAAAGUUUAGACAUGAAGACCUAGCAAUCUCUAUGUAUUUUCUCAUGAUGUUUAAAUUAAUCAUUUUAUAGCAUAGUUUUAAAAAAUGAAUUUUAUAAUAAUAUGCUGAGACAUUACAGAGGUAUGAAUUUGCAAAAUUUAUGUGUCAAAACAUGCAAAUUUUUUUUUUCUUGGACAAAAAAAAAGAAAAGAAAAAAAUAUGACAAGAUUUCAUUAACAAGCACAUAACAAAUGAAAUAAGUCUAUACUGUUCUUCUAAGAUUUCUCUGAUGGUGCUCCAUAUUUAUCUUGUUGUUUUUUUAAUGGGUUGUCUUACCCUGUUGUAAUCUCUUUACUUUAUUUUGUCUGUUGAUGUUGCUAUCAUUGUAUAGUUUUUAUUACAACAUGUACAACACUUGUUAUUACCUACCGUAUGUGUCAGAAAAGGGUUUAAUUGUGUUCAUUUUAAAAAUCCCAUAGAAAGGGCAUUUUGGGUUUUUCUAAAAGAGAAUGAAAACAAGUUUCUUAAUUUCAACAAACCUGAUAAAAUUUUGGUUGUACAUGCAUGUAAUGUUUUCAUGUUGACAUAACGGUAAUUGUUCUUUAUUUUUAAGAUGCUUGUACACAACAUUUUUUUUUAAUAUAGUCUAAUAUUAUUAAUUAUUAUACCCUUUUUUUAAACAAUUAGCAUAUUGUUAUUAACAUUGUACCAGGUACAUGUAUUUUUUGGAA